AAACACUUUAUCAUUUGCUAAAUAUCGGGUCAUAUAGCACUUGUGUGGAGCAGGUUAGUGUUUUUAAAGGUGUUAUUAUUACACAGUUGUAAAACAGUUAUUAACUUUAAUACAGACUAUGAAGCAGAACAUCAGCUUGUUUAAGGGUUGUCUAGGGUUUGAAGUAGUUUGAUAGAAGUUUGAUACUUAUACUAAUUAGAGAAAGUGSACAAACGUGAAUUCCAUUCCAUGUUUUCCCGAUAACUCUUUACUCCAGAGCUGAGUUGACUCGAGACCAUAGGUUGCAUCUGGGAGAGGAGGGAGAGAGGGCUGCCCUGAAGGGAUUGACACAAGAAGGAUUUACGCUUUAAAUUGUGUUGUAUCCAGUAUGGCUACAUGCAUGUUUUACACUAUCAAAAGCCGCUUGAUAUAAACAGUAUUGCUAGAUUGUGUCAAUGUAUCAGUGUGGUAAAGAAGAACCAGACAUAUUUUCMGAGGGAAACCAAUACAAUGAUCGUCAGUGUCUAACAGAAGUGGAGUAUUAUUAGCGAUUCAGACAGUGCAACUGUCUCUGGUACUUGUACGGCUUUUUCAACAUGGUGGGAAAAUAACUCAGAAUUAUGGUGUCUAAAAAAAAUUAAGAAGAGACAGAAAAAAGUGAAAGUUGGAGCAGGGCUAACAACCAUUCACCUGGUUCCCAUGCCGACUGCCCCAUCUCCGCCCUCUCAUAUCAUCCACUAUGCCUCCUACCCCCAAACCCCCUAAGAGACAACCCCCACCACUGACAAGGAAUGGCCGCAAGGUGAUACCCACAACAACCGCCACCUCCACCGCCAAGAGACUGAACUCCAGCAAGCCCAGAGGAAAAGCCUUUGAGAGUCCACAGUCAACUUUAGAGCCACCCCGAAGAUCCACAACCAGGACCCAGGCCCAGCUGGCCAGAAGCCCAGGGAGGAGUGCGGUUGGCAGGCUUGGCGGUCAGAGUCCGGGGGCAUCCCCUGUUAGGGUUAACCAUGCCCCUGUGUGUAUAACAGGAUCAGUGAGGCUAAGGAGCUGGGGUAAUCCUCUGCUCCAGCAUGGUGUGGGAGAGGACCCCCCUGGGCGCAGGAUAUCCUUAAGGGGCAUGGGGGGCGCCAAGCAGUUUCCUCCCCUGGCAAUAAAGCCUAGAACAGGAGGGAAGACAGCAAGGGGGAGGGGAGGGAGGGGAGCGGUGGGUCAGAGRGGGAGCAAGAGCGGGAUUGAGCAAGGAUCUGAGGAGUCUGACACUGUUAGUAUAGACCCAAGUGAGAUUAACCAAGGGAAUAAUGUAGUUGGCCAUGUUGGUAAGGGCAAACCUCCUAACCUGAGGACUGAACUUGAUGUAACUACCUGUGUUGACCAGCAGGAGCUGGGAGUCGGCCAUGCUAGUGAGUGCAAACCUCGUAGCCUGAGGACUGAUGAUUCGGCUAGUGAUGACAAACAGGAAGAGUUAGUUGCCCAUAAUGGUGAAACGUUUGGGACUGACUCACACGAUAAGCCURUCAGCCAUAGUGGUGAGGGCAACCACUAUGAGCUCGAUGAGCCCACCAGUGUUGAACAACAACAGGAAAAGCUAAUCAACAAUAUUGCUGAGGGCAAUUCUUUCAACCUGAGCCAUGAGCUUGGUGACUCUACCAGUGAUGACAGGCAGGAAGAGUCAGUUGGCCCUAAAUGUGAAGACAACGCCAAGAUAAACCUCGGAGCUGUGCAGAUUGAGAUGGAGCAAAGAGAGAGAGAUACCCAUGCAGGAGAGCAGAGAGGAGGGGARAGGUUGGAGAAGGAAGGAGAGGAAACAGAAGCAGACGGUAAGCAGAGAGUGGAGAGAGUCAAGGUGAAUGAGACGGAGCAAAGAAAAGAGAAAAAUGAGAGACAGAAGGAGGGAGAGGUUAUCAGCAGACCUUCAGACACAAGCACCAUUAUGUCUGUCGCUCAGCCCCAAAAGCCUAUUCCGCAGGAUGACGCGUUGAUGAUGCAAUCACCUGUCCAUGCCUCACCUGUCUCUGAACCAGCUACCUCAGAUCUGGCAUCACCCCCUCUCCUUCAUCUGCCCUCUCCGCCUCACCCCACAGUGUCACAUGGUAUGAAGGUUCUGAACCAAGGUGUUAAACCAAUCCAACCUACCCAAACUGUUGAAAUCCAUAAACCUUUAAAAGGCCCAACUACUUGCCAUGAGACAUCACAGGCGAGCCCAAUACAUCCAGUAUCACUAAGUCUCUCAGUUGCCUUCCUUAGUGAACCCCACAAGGCCCUGUGUGUAACCCCAGCGAAACCAAUACCCAGUCAGAGCCUAGAGAUCCCUAUCUCUCUGGAGGCUAGACAACUUCUCAGACCAGUGGACGAAGAGACCAAAGAGUCAUCCAAUCACAGUAACACAAAAUAUAUGUCAUCUUCAUCAUCUGCAUCAUCUUCGUCACACCUGAACACGAACGCGGAGGUUCCCACCACUCUGUCUCAAUCAAACACCGACGUUAAUAUCACUGUGUCUGUACCAGACCUAAGUCCAGUGCCAAAGAACUACAACAACAACCCAGAAGAGCCACCAUCAUCAUCAUCACUCCCAUACACAAAGAUAGACCUCUUCAACACUGGAUCUGCACCAGACAAAGACACCGUGUGUGUCUCUGUAUCUGACCUAGGUUCUGUACCAAAGACUCACAACAAGAACAACCAAGACGAGCCACCACCAUCACUCCCAUACACAAACACUGGAUCUGAACCAAACACAGACAUUGCAUCGGUCUCUGUAUCUGAUCUGGGUUCAGUGCCAAAGACCUCCUCCAUCCCUAACCAGGAGAGUUCUACCUCCAAGUUCUCCUGCAGCUCGGAGAGCACCCAAUCCUCCUACUCCUUCGACACAGAGUCAGAGCAAGGCUAUGGGGCCCCUAGCCCCCCUGGACACCCUAGCCUGGGCCCGAGACCCCUGGAGGAGGGCACAUCUCUGCCCCGACCCCCACGAGUCAACCAGAGGAGGGAGAGGAAAAAGAGGAGUAGUUGUGGAGGGUGUGAGCCGUGCCUGAGGAAGAUCAACUGUGGCCAGUGUAGCUGCUGUCUGAACCGCAGGACUGGACACCAGAUCUGUAAGCUGAGGAAGUGUAUGGAGCUGAGGAAGAGGAGGCCCAUGUCACUGCUCACACUAACAUCUGCUCAGGUAAGGCUUCUCUAAGGUGUAGAGUAGACUUUAGGCUA